ACAUCAGAAACUUCAAUAUUUUAUUCAAGUGAAGAUCCAUUCCAACCAUAGAGUUAUGGUUAAGACUUAAUAAACAUAAAACCUGUGACUAAAUGCAAUCUAUGGUAAGCGUAAUCAUAUCUACUCCGUAUAGACACAAGAGCGAUGUUUCAUAGAAGUUACCAAUCUCCAAAGGUGGUCUGAUCAGGAGUUCUUGCAUAUGAAACAAGGAAACAGUAUGUCAAGCAGUAGCAUCAGCUAUGAUUGGUUUUCUUCGGUGAACAACAUCUCAACUGCAAGUGAUGUCAAGUCUUUGCUGGUUGUUAUUUCCGAAAUCAUCGAACUAUCAACCGUGACACAAAACGACGAUUUCAUCACAAUAGGAUGCUAUUUUUACCGCGUUUCUUUGGUCAUUAUGGAGUUAGAAUCCUCAGAGAUCUUACUAUCGCUAUCAGACUGCAUACACAUAGCAAAAGAUCUUUUCUCAAGCAUAACCAUUCCAGAUUCACAAGUCAAAACCAUCAUGAAACAGCUUGAGAGUGUGAUCAAGCACAUGGGCGAAGUACUAAACUCGAUAAAACCAUCAUCCGAAGAACAUUUCCACUACGCGGUUCAGUCGUUAGUAAAAGACGUCGACAGUUUUAGUUUUGAUUCUUUUGAAACCAAUGUUCAGAUGGAAUAUGAUCUAUACGCCAUUAACGAUAUUGAAAGCUCCACAGACGAUGAACCUGAACCUGAACCUGAACCUGAACCUGAAACGACACAUGUGAUAUAUAAUAUAGAACCGUUGUACGAAACUUUCUUUUGUCCAUUGACAAAUAAGAUAAUGAAUGAUCCGGUCACUAUAGAAACAGGUGUGACAUACGAGAGGAUCGCGAUAACCGAAUGGUUUGAAAAGUUUGGCAAUCCUGCUGAUAUUAUCUGCCCGAAAACAGGCGUGAAGAUAAACAGUACGAUUUUGAACCGAAAUAUCGCGUUGCUGGAAACGAUUAAGCAAUGGGAGGUAAGAAAUGAGCAAGCGAACAUAAAGGCAGCAAAAGCGGUUCUAUCGUUAGCCAGUUCUAAGCCCAAGAUUCUUGAAGUGAUACACAAUUUGCAGACUUUAUGCAGAACAAAACCGUACAACGUGGUGGAGAUACGCAGCGUUGGCGUCAUACCGCUUCUUGCAACAAUCUUGAACCGUGAAGAUAGAGAUUUGACCGUUGGAACACUCGAGUUACUUACACAGUUGACCCAAAAUGAUGAUGAAGAUGAAGGAAAAAAAAUGAUUGCUACAGCGGUGGAUUUAUCGCUGAUAAUACAAAAUUUAGCGAGUGAAGUUGAACAUCUCAAGCAUUCGGCUUUGCUGCUGCUAGUUGAGCUUUCGAAAAGUAGUUACUUUUGUGAUCAAAUCGGUUCGGUUAGUGGCGGGAUUUUGAUGCUGAUUACUCUAAAGUACAGACAACCCGUUGACGCAUUCGCAUCAGAGAAAGUCGACGAAAUCUUGAAGAACUUGGAGAGAUCGCCAAAUAACAUCAAGAUCAUGGCGGAAAAUGGACAUUGGCAGCCUCUUUUGCAUCAUUUUCUUGAAGGUAAUGAAGAGAUGAAGAUGGAGAUGGGGAGUUAUCUUGGCGAAAUUUUUCUCGGACAGGACGACGAGAUUAAAGGUUAUGUCGUGGAGACGGUUUCGCCGGUUUUAAUCCAAAUGGUGUUUCAUGGAAACUCUUUAGCACGAAAUGUUGCGUUUAAAGCGCUGAAGCAGAUCUCAUCGCACCCCGAAAACGCAACAAUUCUUGUGAAAUCAGGUAUUGCAAGUAACAUGUUCGAUGAAAUGCUUAAAAGAACGAUUUACAACGAGCCAAUGAAUUCAAAAGCAGAAGCUGCAGCCAUACUUGCAAAUAUACUUGAAUCAGGAUCUGUACAGCUAAGUGAUCUACAAACCGAUCACAAAAUGUCGUUGAAUUAUGUCGUAUACACCAUGAUCAAAAGGGUCCGGAACUCAACCUCUGACGACGUGAACAUCAACUUUGUUAGAAUCCUAUUAUGCCUCAUGAAAUUCCCAAAAACCCAAGAGAUUAUCGUGUCGGUGGUAAGAGAGGGUGAUGCUUGUACAAAUCUAGUUGAGCUUUUGAACAACCCGAAUGAGGAACUACAAGUGGUUUCAAUUGUGUUUUCGAUAGCUCUUUCGCCCUUUUUCGGCAACAUAUUAGCCGACAAAUUAUGCAAAACUAGAGGUCAACCACAAGCCUUGCUAAAAGACUUGCCGGAAACCACUGCACCCACCGAAAAACAAGCGGUUUCGGUCAAGUUCCUAGCCAAACUUCCCCAUGAAAAUCUUUCGCUGAACCUCGCUUUGUUUAACGCAGUCCCUUUGAUUUUAAGAAAGUUAGAUCAAGUUCAACGAUCCGGCACGCGAAUGAGCAAAUACGGAAGCGUUUAUCUAGAAGGACUUGUGGGAAUUCUUGUAAGAUUUACAUCAACUCUUUAUGAGCAUCAGUUUUUGGUUCUAGCGACAACUUUCAGCUUCACGACUGUGUUCACCGAACUGCUUAUGAACACGUUUAGCGACGAAAUCCAGAAGCUGUCGGCAAACGGGUUAGAAAAUCUGUCUUCAAAAACUGUUACGUUAUCAAAACCGCCACCAAAAAUCAAGAAACCGAAACUCAAAAAGUUCAAAAGGUUCAACAGGCUCAAAGAGUUCUAUUUACAAAAGUGUUUCUCAUUUGAUUCAAGAUAUCUCGAAAUCAUACCACCGUCACUAUGCCCCGUUCACAAGGGAGUUUGUUCUUCACAGGAAACCUUUUGUUUGGUUGAAGCACACGCAGUAGAAAAGCUGUUGACUUGCUUUGACCAUACCAAUAUUCAAGUUGUGGAGGCUGCAUUAUCGGCUAUCUGCACGCUGUUAGACGAACGGGUUGAUUUGGACGCCAGUGUGAGUAUUUUGAUCCGAAAUAAAGCCAUACAACAUGUAUUAAAUGUGAUAAAAGCGCAUAAAAACGAGUCUUUGAGGCGAAAAGCAUUCUGGAUAUUGGAGAAACUGUUAAAGGAAGGAGAUGUUAACUCAACUUCAGAAAUAUCACAAGACAAAUUCUUGCGCGCGACGUUAAUUAAUGUUUUGCAUUAUGGCAAUGGGGAUAUUAGAUUGAUGGCUGAGAAAAUCUUGAGGCACUUGAGUUAAAAUUAUCAGUUUUAAUGCUAGUUUUACCAUGUAUUUCUUCAUAUUUUGUACAAAGUAUUAUGUUUGAGAUUCAUAUAAAUGAUCAUAUUAUUAUUAUUAUC